AUGAUAUGGCGAUGCAGUGCUGGUGCUGAAUUGUUCUCUCUGAUGGCUCUAUGGGAGUGGAUAGCACUGAGUCUUCAUUGCUGGGUUUUAGCAGUUGCUGCUGUUUCGGAUCAGCAUGCCACAAGCCCCUUCGACUGGCUCCUCUCUGAUAAGGGACCCUUCCAUCGUUCACAGGAAUACACAGAUUUUGUGGACAGAAGUCGACAGGGAUUUAGCACAAGAUACAAGAUUUACAGAGAGUUUGGCCGCUGGAAAGUAAACAAUCUUGCUGUUGAAAGACGCAAUUUUCUUGGCUCCCCACUGCCACUUGCCCCUGAGUUCUUCCGUAACAUAAGGCUACUAGGACGUCGCCCAACGCUUCAGCAGAUCACAGAGAACCUGAUCAAGAAAUAUGGGACACACUUCCUACUCUCAGCUACCUUGGGAGGAGAGGAGUCGCUCACAAUUUUUGUGGACAAAAGGAAGCUGAGCAAGAGGUCAGAUGGAAGUGAUCCCAGCUCCAACAGCUCUGUGGUGACUCUGGAGACCUUGCACCAGCUCGCAGCCUCCUACUUCAUUGACAGGGACAGCACACUGCGCAGACUCCAUCACAUCCAGAUUGCUUCCACUGCCAUAAAGGUAACAGAAACGCGGACUGGUCCUCUUGGCUGCAGUAACUAUGACAACCUAGAUUCUGUCAGUUCUGUUCUGGUUCAGAGUCCUGAAAAUAAGAUUCAGUUGCAAGGUCUUCAGGUCAUCCUGCCUGAGUACCUGCAAGAACAUUUUGUCCAGGCAGCUCUGAGCUAUAUUGCCUGCAAUUCAGAGGGAGAGUUCAUCUGCAAGGACAAUGAUUGCUGGUGUCAGUGUGGUCCCAAAUUCCCCCAGUGCAAUUGUCCCUACAUGGACAUUCAAGCCAUGGAAGAGAACCUGGUCCGCAUAAGUGAAACUUGGAAUGCAUAUAACAGUGAAUUUGAAGAAUCUGAUGAAUUCAAAUUAUUUAUGAAAAGGCUGCCCAUGAAUUAUUUUCUGAACACAUCUACUGUAAUGCAUUUGUGGACAAUGGAUUCUAAUUUUCAACGUCGCUAUGAGCAAUUAGAAAACAGCAUGAAGCAACUAUUUCUCAAGGCACAGAAGAUUGUUCACAAGCUCUUUGGCCUUAGUAAGAGAUGUCAUAAACAGCCACUCAUCCGUAUGCCAAAGCAGAGAUCCUCCAACUAUUGGCUCAACCGCAUCCAAUCCUUUCUCUACUGCAAUGAAAAUGGCCUUCUGGGAAGCUUUUCUGAAGAGACACACACAUGCACCUGCCCUAAUGACCAGGUUGCCUGCCAUGGGUUCCUUCCCUGCACAGUUGGAGAUGGCUCUGCUUGUCUGAGCUGCGCUCCUGACAAUCGUACCCGCUGUGGAAGCUGUAAUGCUGGAUACAUGCUAAGCCAGGGGAUUUGCAAGCCUGAAGUGGCAGAAUCAACAGAGCACUACAUUGGGUUUGAGACUGACCUUCAGGACCUGGAAAUGAAGUAUUUACUGCAGAAGACAGAUCGGAGAAUUGAGGUGCAUGCAAUUUUCAUCAGCAAUGACAUGCGCCUCAACAACUGGUUUGAUCCUUCUUGGCGCAAGCGAAUGCUCCUUACUCUUAAGAGUAACAAGUACAAGUCUAGCCUGGUCCAUAUGAUACUAGGCCUCUCUCUUCAAAUCUGCCUAACUAAAAACAGCACUUUAGAGCCUGUUCUUGCUGUUUAUGUCAACCCUUUUGGGGGCAGCCACUCUGAGAGCUGGUUUAUGCCUGUGAAUGAAAAUAAUUUCCCAGACUGGGAGCGGACUAAGUUGGACUUACCCCUUCAGUGUUAUAAUUGGACACUGACUCUGGGCAACAAGUGGAAGACAUUUUUUGAAACAGUACACAUCUAUUUGAGGAGUCGAAUAAAGUCAAAUGGUCCAAAUGGCAACGAAAGCAUCUACUAUGAACCCCUGGAAUUUAUUGAUCCCUCAAGAAAUCUGGGCUACAUGAAAAUCAAUAACAUCCAAGUGUUUGGCUACAGCAUGCACUUUGACCCAGAAGCAAUUAGAGACUUGAUUUUGCAGCUGGACUACCCCUAUACUCAGGGAUCACAGGACUCCGCACUUUUGCAGCUGUUAGAGAUACGUGAUCGUGUAAAUAAACUCUCUCCACCUGGUCAACGUCGUCUAGACCUCUUCUCUUGCUUGCUCCGUCAUAGACUCAAACUGUCUACCAGUGAAGUGGUGAGAAUUCAAUCUGCUUUGCAGGCAUUUAAUGCCAAAUUGCCAAACACAGUGGAUUAUGACACAACCAAAUUGUGUAGUUAACCAUAAAUGUGAAGCACAACACAAAACCUUGAAGGAGUUUUUACAGUGCUUUUGUGGAACAGUUUAUGUUUGGAAGAGUAAAUUUAAAUUGUCUUUUCAAUAUCUGUCUUAUAUCAGUCAAUACUGUUGGAUGGCAAUUUACACACAUGAACUUGCUGACAAUGAAUAUAUUAUACCUGCAGUUUUGGUUUAUGAAUGAAAUAAAUACUGACACCAGUCUAGAAGACAUUCUACUUUUUACAAUAAAUUUCAUUUGUAAUUUUAUAUGUUCCGUGGCAAUGCUUUUGUGCAUUACAUCCUCUAGAGGGAACA